UGCUUAUUUGUUAACGUUGAGAAGACGCUUUUUGUCCUUUAGUCGAAAUGUACAUAAGGAUGGUAGCAUGUCUGUUGAUUUACUAAUUGGUGACAUCGUUACGCAGGGAUUACAAUUUGAUGACACCACAUUUAUCUUGGUCCAAUUUUGGGGUGUGUCACCGAUGUGAAAACGUUAUGCGACGAGCGCGAAGGGUUUUGUUUUACUCAAUCAUCAUGAUUCGGCCAAACUUUUGACUAGUUGAAAAAAACGUUCGUAUUUUAACACUAUAGCUAGCCAGGAAACAUUUGCAACCGCAGUUGGGUCGAAUGUCUAGUGGUCAGGCGUUUAUGCUUGUAGUUGUUGUAGCCGGCGAAUAUGUUGCGAAAACGAUCGAAAUCUGUGGGUGACCACCGUGCAUUAUCGGUCAGUUCAUCGUCGAUCAACAGUAUCGCGCAGAAUGCCGCGGAGAAACAGGGACGUCUUAUCAGAAUGUUCCGUUCGCUGCAGCGGAAGAAGGACCGAUCGGACCGGCGCAGUGUACGGUUGAUGUUUGCCCUGAGUGUUAUUUCUCUGACUGUUGGAAUGGCCACCGUGUGCGUGGAAACAACCAGCAAACUGAAGUAUCCCCGUGCCAGUGCCGCUUUCCUCUGGCUGGAAUCCGUGGGAAUCUUUGUGGGUUGUUUUGCUAUGGUCAACGGUGCCCUGGGCAUCUUCACCUGGAAGAUCAGCUCAUCCGGACACAAAAAGUGCCUGAUCGGCUGCGUGCAGAGCCUCAGCAAAUUCAACGCUAUUUCUUCUUUAUGUGCAUUCGGCCUGACCUUAAUUGUGUACGGUGUAUAUAGCACGUUGCGAGACUGGCAAAAGAAAUUGCUUCCCUACAUUAAGGUCGAACAGAACCUGGCGCACCAGCUAGGAAAGGAGGAGUUAGCCUGGCCCGAACACGUCCUGGAAGAGUUGGUGGUCAUCAAAGUGGUGACCUUUAGCUUUCACGUUGUGAUUUUUUUGGUUUCGGUGAUUAAUUCCGUUUGUUGUUUGUUUAAUCUGUAUAUUAAUACUCUGCCAAAUUUUACCGGCUGCGCAGAAAUGAUCUCCACGGCUGGGAAAAUGUUGACCUGGUCCAGAUAGGAAUCUGGCUGGAUUAACGGUUUCGUAAUCUCAUAUAAGUACAUAACUAUAAUCUUUCUGACAGUAUUACAGUGUUGACGGCAGU